AUGAGCUUCACCAUUAAAUUCAAAGACCUCCUGAAUCUUGCAAUAGGCACCCCAGAUCGAGGGGUGGUGAAUUUCAAUGCCCUGCAUAUGUUGCUGCAUAGCAUCAUAGAACACCUCAACCUGGAAGAGCAGAUGAAGGUUGUUCCAGGGAAUGAGAAGGACUACCUUCCACCUAGCCCCUUCCAGGUUACAUCUGGGGAGAAGCCCGGGGAGAAGGCUGGGGAGGAUUCAGAGGAGAGUGAAGAGGAUAUAUUAUACCAUACACCAUCCGAUAGGAUUAUCAACACCUUGGACCAGCGGCUCUCUCUAGUGGAAAGCCAGAUGGCCUUUCUGGAGGCUCUGCCCUCUACAGAGCAGCUGCUAGAAAGCAGUCAGCCCUUCAAAAAACCAGCCCAAGAUAUGUGGCAGAUGUUGAAGCUCAGAAAAAAGGUAGAAGGGAAUGAAGAAGGAAUGACAAAGGCUAUGGAGACACUGCAGGAGCUGCUCACCACUAUGUAUAGCCUCCAGUCAGACACAGAUGGCUUCAGGAUGGAAAUGGAACAACUGAAGGAAAAGGUUGACAAGAUCAGCCUAGAUGAAGGAGAUAAAUAUGCCCAAGAAUUGAAAGAUCAACAGGAACAGAUGAAAAAUCUUCAGCUUGCCAUGGAAGAUAUCAAGAAUAAGCUUCACUCCUUCCCUGAUGGAAGUGAUAUUAUGCAGUGGACCACCUUACAUGAUGCCAUGUAUUCUCAAGCUGACACCAAAGAGACUUCUGAGAGGGCUGAAGCUAAGACCUCUGAAGUUACCCCUGAAGUUACCUCUGAAGUUACCCCUGAAGUUACCUCUGAAGUUACCCCUGAAGAAACACUUAAAACUCCUAAAGCUCCUAAAACUCCAAAGACCAGAAUGCCACCUGUCAAGACUGCCCGACAAAGAAAAGAUACUCUGUCAUCCCCUCUUGGUAAAGCCCUUGUUUCCAUGGGCAUCAAGGUUGGCCCAGAUACUCUUCCUUCUAUGGGCAUUGCCAUUGAUCCAGGCAUCCUCAAUGCCAUGGGCGUCACCACUGAUCCAGAGACCCUUGCUGCUAUGGGCAUCACUCCUGUCCCAGGUGCUGGCUUGGCAACUACUGGACAGCCAGGCACCACUGCUGCCUCUAGCACUGGCCAAUCAUCCAUUGGACCAUCAUCCACUGGCCCAUCAUCCACUGCAGGGCCACCACUGGGUAUUUCCCCAGACCUCAGUUGGAAUGCUUCAUCUUUCCUUGAUACUUUGGGCAUCACCCCUGAUGAAGCCACCCUUGAUGAACUUGGCAUCAAUACUAAUAGGGACAUCCUCACCACCUUGGGUUCCACAGUUGAUCCAGCUACCCUUGUGGCACUAGCAAUCCUCACUGGCAAAGGCUUGCCCGCCAGCCUGCGUCUACCAGCUCCAUUUCCAAGUUUGCCACAGGUCCAAGGCACCACUACUAAAUCAAAAACCUCUGUUGUUCCAGAGAGCUCCACCAGCCCAGAUACCACAGCUGGUGAGGGCACCUCAGCAUCAGUAAGCUCCCCUCACCCCCCUGCCAAGGUUUCCUCUCAGUUGACUCAAGAUACAUCCCCAGCCAAGUCCCUUAAGCAACUGCUGAUAGGUCAUCCUUUGAGUGCAGAGGGAAAAAGACUAACUGCAAAGAAGUCUGUGGGAAGCUUGAUCAAUUUAUCAAUAGAAUAUGAUAGCCUAAAGGAACAACUUGCCAAGUUGGAAGAGAAGGUGCAGCAGCAGGCUAACAGUAUAGCAAAUCUUCAGUUUCUAAGUUCUGUUGGGCUCACACCCCGGCUAGAGACUGAGAUGAGCACACUGCAGGACAAGAUAAAUAUUCUCCAGGAAUCAGGACAAAAGACUAAGACUUAUGAGCAGCAUUUGGAAAAGGUACAGGAACACUGUAAUCUGCUGGAAAAGGUCACCGAAACUCUACAGGAUAAAAUGGAGGAUAUCAAGGGCCUCAAGAUAGUGGUGAAACAACUAGAAAUGAGAAAGGUGGAUAAAACUCGGAUGGAAGAACAAAUGAAAGAGAAAGCAGACAAGAGCGCACUGGCCUUCAAAGCGAGCCGGGCUGACUUGGAGUUUGCCACAAUUCAAUUAAAUGACAUGAUGCAUAAUAUGCUGCAGAAGAUGUCUGUCCAUGAGCACGACUGGCAGAAGGUGCUGGAGAAGCUUUUCUUCGAUGUGGACUCCAAGCUGGGCCACAUGGACCUAGAUCCUGUGAAGAGACAGAUGGAGUAUAUCUGGAAAUUUGUUAAAAAGAACCUGAGCGAAGGCCCUCGCUUUGACGCAGACAGUGCUGCUGGCUUUAAGAAGCAACUCUUUGAUCGGGUAAAAUGCAUCUCUUGUGACCGGCCUGUGGAAAUGAUGACAAGCCCGCACAUGAUUAGUAUCCAUAAAACAAAUACGUGCCCCCGUGCCCGGCCACUCAGUGCAAACAGCUAUGAAUAUCUACAGCGACUGAAAUUAAGCGACAUGACGAACAGAAUUAUACCAUGCAACAAUUAUGUGGCGAAAGGUUAUAAACCAAUUUUUGGACUGAGAAAACGGGGUGCAACAAUUAUGCGGUGGCGACGAUUAUGCAGUGGAAUACGAGAGCAGCAACGAAUGCAGCAGCAGCAACCAACGCAGGAAAUGACUGACCUCCCUGAACAAGGCACAGAUGGCCAGUCAUAUUGGGAUAACAACUCGAGCCUGAGGCGGGUCAUGAAGAUACCAAACCUCACCACUCUUUACCCAUAUGGGGAUCCAUCCGUAUUUCCUCCUGAGAAUAGUGAAGUGAACAUUCUGGGAGUGAAUGGGGUCAUGUACAAAGGCAGGAUGGACUCUCAUGGUGCUCCACGUGCUGUUAUGACUGAGAAGGACCUGGCAGGAUUAAAGACCCCAAAGCCCCCAUCAUCCCGCAGUGGAUAUGAGCGUGUACGUUCCAGUAUCUCUAGUAGCAUCUACCCUACCUUACGCCCCAGAACCAGCAUGACAGCCCACGUCCUGCAACAGUUUGCUUUGCAGCCCAUGCUGACUUCAGGAACUCUCCAGCACUCCAUAUCCUCAAUGGCAAAUACGUCCAGCACCAGUAACAGGCCUGUUUCCAGACCAACUGCCAGUGGUAGCCCAUUCAUCGCCAAGCCCGGCUCUGCUUUGCCGAGUAACAGCUUCCAUGCCACUUCACCAAAAGAGGGAAACAAAAUGUGA